AUGAAUACUUCAGAUAUUGUUGGGGAAUUAUUUUACGCAGCAAUCAUUGCUGUCGCUGGACUGACUGAUUAUUUGAAAUCAAAGUCAAAGGCAUCGUUAUUAUUUGGGACUGUAAUUUACACAAUAUUGACAUUUGGAGCUUUUCAACAAGCAAUCGAUCCGCUAAAAUGCACAAUAUUUGCAACAACUGCUGGCUUAUUGGCGGUAAUAUGUCCAGUAGUAACAAUUAUUUUACGUUUGAUUGCAAUUCUUAAUAAUGAAUUUUAUAAAAAAUAUUCGAGCAGAUCUGAAACCUAUGGAAUAUUAUCGAUUUUCAGUAUUUUCAGAUAUUUUGCGGCUAGAGGAGAAUGCACUGGGUCAUUAGAUGAUAUAUUUUUAUAUAUUUUCCGCAAUUUUUCAAAAAUAUUUCAAAUAAUCAUCAUAAUUCCAGAUGGUAAAUUUAAUUUACUUAAUGGCAUCUUCAAUUUUUUUCUGAUGGCCUCAACAUUUUUUGUACUGAGAUUAAACGAAGAAUUCGAGCUUUUGGACCAGAGAUUUUUUUUAUAAAUAUUUAACAUACGAAAGUUUACUUUUGCACUCGAGACUGUUUUUUUAUCACAAA